UGGAGUUUUUGGCGAAGGGUCGGAGUGUGGAGCGGGUCCUUUGAGCAACCAGAGGAAAGAGGUCCGGAAGGGGGGGGGUGAAGGGGUGAGCGCUGGGAGGGUGGAGGGGGGCGGGGCCCGGCGGGCCUGCGUGGUGGGGGUUGGCGUGCGUGCGUGGGGCAGAGAGGAGAGCGGAAGGGAUUGCGGAGAGACGCUGGCAGGCGCGGUGGGAGAGAGAAUGACUCACAAGAAGUUGAAGAUCUCCAAUGAUGGAUUGCAGAUGGAGAAAGAUGAAAGCUCUCUGAAGAACAGCCAUACCUCAGAGAGGUUUAGUGGCACAGGGUGCUAUGGGGCAGCAGGAAAUAUAUUCAUUGGCAGUGGCUGCCACUAUUGGGAGGUGGUCAUGGGUUCCUCCACAUGGCAUGCAGUUGGAAUUGCCUACAAAUCAGCUCCUAAGAAUGAAUGGAUUGGCAAGAAUGCCUCCUCAUGGGUCUUUUCCUGAUUCAAUAAUAACUUCAUAGUGAACAUAACAGUAAGCAAAUGCUGGUGGAUGUACACCCACAGUUGAAAUGUCUGGGUAUCCUUUGGAUUAUGAUUCUUUCUAUACUAUUCUAUGGUCAAUAUUUAAAUAAAAGUAGUUUGGUUGCAUUUAAAUACAAAUGAUUAUAUGGUACUCACUGGCAAUUAUUCUGUUAAAAUUGUAACUAAUGUGAUCACAUUUCCAGGAUUAAGCUAUUCUAUUUCUUUUUUUCCUCUAAAUUGUUAACACAAAUUAUGUAAACUGGAUUAAACACUUAGGAAAGUAAAAA